CCCGCCCCCCGCGUCUGCCCGCGGCGGCGGGUUCCAGGUCCUGUGACCGGUCAGGCGGUGCGGCGGCGCGGCGAGGAGGACGGCCGGCCUCGGGGAAGUUUCGACGGCCGGCAGGGGCUCCGAGGGCGCCGCGGGGAGGUUUCGGCCGGGUGGGGGCCCCGGCGCGGAGCCCGAGCUCGCCGAGGACGGCCGGCCGGCUGAGCGGGGCCGGGCACGCUCAUGGCGGGCGGCGGAGCUGGGGACCCCGGCCAGGGGGCGGCGGCGGCGGCCGCCGCGGCGCCCGAGACCCGCGAGCACCUCUUCAAGGUGCUGGUCAUCGGCGAACUCGGCGUGGGCAAGACCAGCAUCAUCAAGCGCUACGUCCACCAGCUCUUCUCCCAGCACUACCGGGCCACCAUCGGGGUGGACUUCGCCCUCAAGGUCCUCAAUUGGGACAGCAGGACGCUAGUGCGUCUGCAGCUGUGGGACAUCGCGGGACAGGAACGGUUUGGCAACAUGACCCGAGUAUAUUACAAAGAAGCUGUUGGUGCUUUGGUCGUCUUUGAUAUAUCGAGAGGCUCCACGUUUGAAGCCGUUUUAAAAUGGAAAAAUGAUCUGGACAGUAAAGUCCACCUUCCAAACGGCAGCCCUAUUCCUGCUGUUCUCUUAGCUAACAAGUGUGACCAGAAAAAGGACAGUGGCCAGAAUCCUUCUCAGAUGGACCAGUUCUGCAAAGAACAUGGCUUUACUGGAUGGUUUGAAACCUCUGCAAAGGAUAACAUAAACAUAGAUGAAGCAGCCCGGUUCCUAGUGGAGAACAUUCUUGCAAACCACCAAAGCUUCCCCAGUGAAGAAAACGAUGGCAGAAUUAAACUGGAUGAGGAGACCAUGAAAAAAGAGAACAAGUCCCAGUGUUGCUGACUUGGCUUCUGCUUCUCUCCUGCGGACGCAGCCUGACUUGGUUGGAAGCACAUUCCUGGAUCGCAGUGGCGGAUGUGCUGCUGUGUGAACCUUCCCGGGGCUGUGCCUUAAAAUGACAAGGGUGGCAGAGAGCUUGCAGAGAAAGGGGACACUGGUGAAGGAGCCCAGCUCUACACCUUCACACAGGAACACUUAGGCUUCCGUUGCUGUUGCAAUCUUAUCCAGGAUAAUGUUUACGUCCUUUUUAGCAUCUUUUGAAAUGACAGUUCCUCAGGAUUUGUUAAGAUUUACGUUUCAGUGUGAACACUGAGGUGGUAAUAAAACUCUCCCUGCAUCGGUGAUAAAGCUCUCUAACUUCACGAGUCUGUCUUUUUGACUCCGUAUCUCAUCCUAUCUUUUUUUUUUUCCCACUCUCACUUUUGAGGGAGGAUUUUAGACUCUGUUAGCCAAGGAAAGCUGGGACGUUCCCAUUUCGUGUUUUGUGUGUUUGUUUUGCCUAGUCAAAACUUUGGUACGUCACAUAAAGUUGUUAACUUCGAAUCUUUGAAUACUGUAAUUUCAGUAGUGCUAGCUAGUGUGGCAUGUGGUUCUUCCUCUCAAAUCCAUUAAAGUGUCCUGCCUAAUGAUUCAGGAAGUGCUCACACCACACUGGUAUUCUGAUCUGGUUGCUUCCAGUUGGAAACAGUAUAUGCAAACAUUUCUUCUUCUCUCUCCCUGUCCUGUUCUCUCCUCUCUUCUUCCUGUGUGUUUAUGUUUCUAACUGAGGGCCUGAUUGAUAUUACUGCUUCAGUUCUAAAGAGAGCUAGUCUUCAAACCUCUAAUAAUAAUGGUCAAGGAGAACAUUUAUUUCAAAACAUAUACAAUUAAAUAGAUUUCCUAUAGUAUGCAUUGUGAAAGGAACUGAGUCCGGUGGUUCUAUACAAGGUUUUGAAGUAUUGUACCCAAAAAACUUAAAGCAGGUUCAUGAUAUUUGUAUUCUCAUUUAACCCAAUUAAGGGAAAGAAUAAAUAUUUUGACUGAAA